GUGCGAUUCCUGGAGCAGCAGAACCGGGUGCUGGAGACCAAGUGGAAGCUGCUGCAGGAGCAGGGGGGGGCUGGGCCGGGGGGCAGGAGCCUGGACCUUUUUGAGACCUACAUCGCGGGGCUCAGGAAGCAGCUGGACUGCCUGGGGGGGGAGAAAACCCACCUGGAAUCCGAGCUCAGGAGCUUCCAGGACAUGCUCGAGGACUUCAAGACCAAGUACGAGGAGGAGAUCAACAAACGCACGGCGGCCGAGAACGACUUCGUGCUCCUCAAGAAGGACGUGGAUGGCGUUUACAUGACCAAGGUGGAGCUCCAGGGAAAAGUGGAUUCCCUGCUGGACGAGAUCAACUUCCUCAAGUGCCUCUACGAGGCUGAGCUGUCCCAGAUGCAGCAGCAGGUGUCGGACACCUCGGUGGUGCUUUCCAUGGACAACAACCGGAGCCUGGACCUGGACGGGAUCAUCGCCGAGGUGAAGGCGCAGUACGAGGACAUCGCCAACCGCAGCCGCGCCGAGGCCGAGGCCUGGUACCGGGGCAAGUACGAGGAGCUGCAGGUGACGGCUGGCAAGCACGGGGACAGCCUGAGGGACACCAGGAGCGAGAUCUCGGAGCUCAACCGGGUGAUCCAGAGGAUCCGCGCCGAGAUCGACAGCGUCAAGAAGCAGUGCGAGUCCCUGCAGACGAGCAUCGCCGACGCCGAGCAGCGCGGGGAGCUGGCCCUGAAGGACGCGCGGGACAAGCUGGGAGAGCUGGAGGGGGCCCUGCAAAAAGCCAAGCAGGACCUGGCCCGGCAGCUCCGCGAGUACCAGGAGCUCAUGAACGUCAAGCUGGCCCUGGACGUGGAGAUCGCGACCUACAGGAAGCUGCUGGAAGGGGAGGAGUGCAGGAUGUCCGGGGAGUGCCAGAGCUCCGUCAGCAUCU